UGAUUUUAAUCAGAACAAACGUUUUAAAAUAAGCUUAAAAUUUUCUAAAUUUAAAAUAUGUCACGAAAUACGUUAAAACGGAAAUUAUUGAUGCAAUUUAGAUAAACUAGAUAAAUGUCUGCGUGUCAAUUCCCACGCAACUAUUAUUUGAAUUAUCAUAGUCCGAAAUAUUACAAAAAGCAAAACUAUUUGUAAGCUCAAUAAAUAAAUAAACGAUACAAAAAUAAAUUUAUAACAUGAGAAGUGUGUUAAUCGGCGCAAUCGCACCUUAAUUUCAACGAACUCGUGACAUCAUCCCGACUUCGACGAAAGGAUGACAUCAUCAGUGACGUCGAGCGAGGUGUGGCAGUUUUGGUGGAAAUUGACAAGUGACGGCUCACGAGUUAGUGUUUUAGACGGUAGUACAAGAAACAGAAAUUGUAAAUCAUGUCUGCUCUAAUUGAAAAACUUCGUGCCCAGUGCUUAAAACGUGGAGCUCAUGGAAUUAAAGGAUUAGGAAGAGCUUUUCGCAUAUUAGAUGAUAAUCGUGACAGAAAACUUGACUUAACGGAACUUAAAGAAGGAUUACAAGAAUAUGGACUAGAAUUAAGUCCUGAAGAAAUUACUGAAAUUUUUCAAGAGAUUGAUAGAGAUGGAAGUGGUACUAUUCAUUUUGAUGAAUUUCUAAGAGCAAUAAGACCUCCAAUGGCUGAUAAUACACGAGAAUGA